UCCCACCAUGAACUUGAAACUUUUUGCUUUUUGGAAAGUUUGUACAGUCUUACAGCGAUGCUCCUGAAUAUGAUGUCUUCUAACAUCUACAAGAAUACCAUUGCAUUCAGUACAAAUAUCGAUAUCGAAAUUUUGAGGUUUGUUCCAAGCAAUAUCUAAAAUUGCUUACGUAAGAGAAAUCUUUAAUCAAAGCGUGACAGCGCGUCAAAUAAUGAUGCCUUUCGCGUUUGUUACGUGCCCCCAUAGGCCGAGUAUGGACACUGCGAUAUGGCAUCCGAAGGAACUCCCGAAAACGACGACAACGAGCACAAGUCUCUCAAAUACUCUUUACUGGGCCCAUCUCUUACAAAAUCCGGACAAGAUUUCGUAGACCAGUCAAAAGUAAGAAUGUCGCGACUGAAACACGUUUGUCCCUUCUGACUUCAUAAUCAGGUUUCCGAGAUUAUCUAUAACGCCUCAAAGGGAUCUAAAUAUUUCAACCAUGAAGAGGAACGGGACAAAACUUUGACUGUCAAGAUUGAACGGAUAUUGGCAAAGAAGGCUGAAUUGGAGAAGCUUGAUUUAGCUUACGAUCGUCGAAGAGCAGACACUGCAAUUGCGGAGCUCGAGCUCACAAGAGAUUUGAGUCAAACAAUCGUCCAUAUUGACUGCGAUGCAUUUUACGCUGCGGUAGAGGAGCUUGAUCGCCCGGAAUUGAAAGAUGUUCCAUUUUCUGUUGGAAAAGGAGUGGUUACAACAUGCAACUACCAUGCGCGACGAUUUGGGGUCAGAAGUGCGAUGGCAGGGUUCAUAGCGAAGAAAUUGUGCCCGCAGCUUAUUCAAGUGCCUUUGAACUUCGAUAAAUAUACAGCGAAGGCGCAAGAAGUUCGCGAGAUCCUGGUAGACUAUGAUCCCAGGUUCGAGAGCGCGAGUAUUGAUGAAGCAUAUCUCAAUAUCACGGAAUACUGUCAAAAGAAUGAUAUCGAUCCGGAGGCUGCUGUUCAACAGUUGAGAAGAGAAGUUCAUGAAAAGACGAAGGUUACCAUAUCAGCUGGUAUUGCAGCUAAUGCGAAGAUAGUGAGUGUAUCCCGCAAGCCAAGAGGUGGGCUAUGUGAUGGUCAGGGCGUCAUUAUCACCAAGCUGUUUCUCGGGACCCUGAGAUUAACUUGAACUUGCUAACAAAACAUGAUCAGGCCAAAAUAUGUUCGAAUAAGAACAAACCCAAUGGUCAAUAUCGUGUCCCAAAUGACCGAAUUGAGAUCAUGAAAUUUAUGCGAGAUCUCCCAACCCGUAAAGUCAAUGGAAUUGGUCGAGUGUUUGAGAGAGAGUUAGGUGCCAUAGGGGUAAAUACAUGUGGAGGAAUCUACAAUGUGCGGCAGUAUCUACCAAAAUUAUUUGGAGACAAGGCAUUUAUCUUUCUCAUGCAAUGCUAUCUCGGGCUUGGAAGAACAGACGUUAAACCAGCCGAGGAGUACACACGCAAAAGCGUCGGAACAGAAAGUACAUUUGGUGACAUGAAUGACCCUGCAGAACUUCGAGCUAAACUUCGGCAGACAGCCGAAGAGCUGGAAAAAGACAUGCAACGAACACAGUUUAAAGGGCGAACUCUAGUUCUCAAAGUGAAACUGAAAACUUACGAGGUACUCACCAGACAGGCCGCUCCACCCAAAGCUGUCAGUUCAGCUGAUGAUUUGUACAAAUAUUCUCUUCCAAUCCUUGAGAAACUGGAGACCGAAAUCCCAGGUAUGACAUUGCGAUUAAUGGGACUCCGAUGUACAAAUUUGGUCAGUAUGAAAAAGCCUGACACAAUGGCUUUUUUUGGUUUUCGAAAACAAGACCCUACGGAGAAUGGCGUCAGCGACAACGAGAGCAAAUCCGUCUCAUCUGGAAUUAAACGAAAAGCCUCAAAUCUCCAAGACAAUGUCUUAGAAGAGCAAUGGGAAGUGUGGCCCGAAGAACUCCUCUUUGAAGAUGCGGAGCGCCAAGAACGGGAAGAGGAACUCAAGGAAAUGGAAAGUUUAAGUCAACGUGAAGAAAAUGAUCCACGACGGCAUCAUGGUAAGGAAGUUCUGCCGAAUCCUAAACCCACAGAUGAUGCUGUGAUAGAAGAGGAAUGGUGGGAUUGUCCUGUUUGUCAGCGGCCUCAAGCAUCAAACGAAAGGGAAUUCAAUGAGCACAUAGAUCUUUGUCUAUCGAGGCAAACAAUUAGAGAUGUAGUCCAAGAGACAUCAGAGACGCCUGGGACACCAGCCGCAUCUGGGAGUAACCGUAAACCUCUAACGGUUAGUUCGCGAAAGGCUAAAUCAGGGGAGAAAUCAAAAGACAAGGGGAACACCCCUAGUGACCCUAAACAGCGAAAGUUGUGUUUCUGAAAUUGAUGAGCAUUACAAAAUUAUGCUGCAUUAUGACAGGAUUUGGCAUUGGUGGAGUUUAUUUGUUGAGCAUAUUGGAGACACGGGGCAUACUCCUAUUUUGGCAUAAAUUCAGAUACACGGCAAACUUUCCAAAUUGAUAUUUUGCAUUCAAAGUCCACAUAUAUAAAUAGUUACUUGGGCUCAGAUCGCGCGUUCCCAGACUUGACGAUGAACCAGCAAUACCUGCGCCAUAUCAAUGCUGUACGCAGCAAAAAGACUGAGGGAGAAAGGAAGAGAAACCUAGCGUCACGAUCAGGCCUCUAGUUCAAACCUGAAUGACCAGCCUGUUUUAGCCCCUCAGUGCUCCCUACCUAUUCAAAGCUUCAAUGAUCUCAGGACAAUCUUUUAUCAAGAAUCACCACUUAAUGGAUAAAUAUACUCCCUGUCCAAAAUGUGGGAUAAUGCCUUGUUAACUUUUCAUGAAAUCAAUUUGUAGAGGGAUAGAGUCAAAGGUCUGUGGAGAAUUGUGAUGAUUUGGAUGAAAGGGGGAUUAAGGUUUGGGACGAUCCGUGGCAUGCAAGUCGGUUAAA